AUGUCAAGAAGAAAAGUUAAGAUUGAAAAUGAUACUCAAAGAAGAGCCACAUAUAAGAAGAGACAAAAAGUAGCCUUUAAAAAGGGUCAAGAACUUAGUAUUCUUUGUGAUUGUGAAGUAGCUAGCGUCAGAUAUAGUGAGUACCACACAGAACCUGUGGUAUAUCCAAAUUAUCAAGCUGCACUAGACACUUAUAAUAAGUUUAAGGCACUUUCAUCAUCCGCUCAGUCAAAACACAUGAUGACGACAGAAGAGUUUAUUAAGAAAAUUAUAGAUAAGAAGAAAGACCAAUUAUACAAGUUACAGAGAGAAAACGAUCUCAAAGAAAAGACCAAUAUGAUGCAUGAAGUGGCAAGAGGAAAAAAUAUUUCCAAGGACAUAAAUGGUAAUGAUCUUAAUGAUCUAAUGUAUGCCAUGAAAAGAAACUUGGAAAUGUUUCGCAAGUUGAAAAUUAAAGUUGAUGAAGAGGGUUCCACUUUGUAUGCCUCUCAACCAAUUUCUAGUGAUUCUCCAGUAUCGACUGUUCCUUUAGCUUCUCCAUCGAUAGUUUCUAGUGGAACCAACCGCGAGGGUCCAAGAUCUCCUCAAUGGUCCCUGAAGUGGCUCAAAUAA